AUGAUUAUCGCCUUUAUUUCUCUAGUUAAUUGUCUAAGACUAGAAAAAGCAUUCAGCCACAAUGGUAUGCGAUUCAUGCCACAUCAGAUUUUCGAUGAUAAUGUUCAAUGUGAUAUCGGAGAUGGCACAAGAAGUCCACACAAUAGUAACAUUACACAAGGUGAUGUUCUAAUACCAAAGAUAUUCAAUGUUUAUACUCAUUUCGGUCCAGUUAAAUCCCUAACUGUGAUGACUGUUACAGGUAUUGCAAGGUUUGCAUUUUCAGAGUCUAACAUAACAUCAAUUACAAUGCCAGACUCAAUAAAAACAAUACAUUAUCAUGCUUUUGAUCAUUGUCAGUUCUUGCGAAAAAUAAUUUGGUCACCAAACAUUGAAAUUAUUGAGCAGUGUGCCUUUGCCAACUGCGAAUCAAUUACAGGUACUGUCAUCCUCCCCUCAAAACUUAUUGCCAUUAAAUCUUUAGCUUUUCAUAGAUUUGGAACAAAUAUCACUUUAUUCUUCCACAAAGAUCUACAAUUCAUUGAAGAUAACGCAUUUAGUGAAUCUGGAAUCACAGGAAACCUCACUCUUCUUCAAAAUCUCACGAAAUGA